AAAGCACAUUAAAACACGAGCAAGAAAAUGGACUCAAACUCUCCGUUCGAAUGGCCUCACACGCUGAAUUAUAAUGGGACUUACAAGUACCUCUACUUAGAAGGCAAUGUCUCCUACGUAGACUUCUACCUUCAUCAGCCUUUAGUGGCAGCUGUCUUCAUCAUUUCUUACCUUCUGAUCUUCCUGCUCUGUAUGGUUGGCAACGGAGUGGUUUGUUUUAUUGUGCUGAAGAGCAAACGUAUGCGUACAGUUACAAACAUUUUCAUCUUAAACCUGGCUGUCAGCGAUUUGCUGGUGGGAAUCUUCUGCAUGCCUACCACGCUCCUGGACAACAUUAUUGCAGGAUGGCCAUUUGGGAACAUGAUUUGCAAGAUGAGCGGGAUGGUCCAAGGAAUCUCUGUUUCUGCCUCUGUCUUCACUCUAGUUGCAAUUGCUGUAGACAGGUUCCGGCGCAUCGUAGACCCAUUCAAGCAGAAGCUGACCAGAGCAGCUGCAGUUGCCAGUAUUGUGUUCAUCUGGAUUCUGGCCGUUGCUAUUAUGUGUCCUUCUGUGGUCAUGCUACAGGUACAAGAAGAGAAGCGUUUCAGGGUCAUCCUUGGCUAUGGCAAUGAAACCCGCCCUGUGUACUGGUGCCGGGAGGACUGGCCUGACCCAGGAAUGAGAAAGAUCUAUACGACAGUUCUGUUUGCCAGCAUCUACCUGGCUCCCCUGUCGCUCCUUGUUCUCAUGUAUGCCAAGAUAUGCAUGGCUCUCUGCAACACAGCAGUGCCCGUGGGGGGCAAAGACAACCAGGAGCAGCAGCAGAGCAGAUCCAAGAAGAAACAAAAAGUCAUCAAAAUGCUCAUUAUUGUGGCUCUGCUCUUCGCCGUGUCCUGGCUUCCCCUGUGGACUCUGAUGAUGCUCACAGACUAUGCCAACCUUUCCGACAUGCAGCUGCAGAUCAUCAACAUUUACAUCUACCCCUUUGCUCACUGGUUGGCCUUUUUCAACAGCAGUGUCAACCCCAUCAUCUACGGGUUCUUUAAUGAAAACUUCCGCCGAGGCUUUCAGGCAGCCUCCAAACUCCAGCUCUGCUCCAAGGAAAUGGAUCAUGGGGAGCUCUACUCUCAGCAAGGCCAAGGCAAUGCCGUUCUGCCAGCUGCCAAUGACCAAACGCCCCAGGAUCAAGCUUGUCAAAAUGCAGAGGAGGAGGCGGGGAAGACAGUCAAGAAAGGAAAUUGGGUGAAUAACCAGCAAGAUUUGGUAAUGGAGGAUUUAGAACAGCCCUGCAGUGAUAGUGACGGGCUCCAGUGAAAUGUGCUGUGAAGUCCUAAAUGAUUUAUGCCUGGCAGAGUUUAUUUAUCUUGUGAAGUUCAUGCUCUGUAAGCAGCCCUUUCUGACAACAAUGACAAGAAGGAGAUAGGCAACUGUUUUGAAGGAGACAGACAACUUGCAGCAUGUCUGAAUGUCUGACAUCAGCAGGAAACUGAAUUCAGCCCUUUGUGUCACCAGUUUAAACCAGUGGCAGCUCCCCUGCAGUGGGUGCUGACUGCUCUUGAUCCAGGCUGCAGAAAGGACCUCAUUCAAAUGGGAAAGCCUUCCACUUUCUGUGACAUAAAAGAGAAAGAGAACUGAGAUUAUUGACUUGGAUACAAUUACUGCUGAUACCCACUGAUGAAGAGGAGAACAUUAAUUCAUUUUCUUCUGUGAAUCUGAAAUAUUAGAGGUACAGUC